CACACUUCACAGCGACUUCAGAUUUGGCCAAGCCGUCUCCAUUAACCAUGUUGGCAGCAACGUGCAGCCGCCUGACUCCUGGUGCUAUUGACAUAACUCGUGCAGGACCUCUUCUGGGACAUGGAGGUUGGCCUUCACCAAGACAUGGCUGCCCCCCGACCCAGGCGACUAUAUCCGGGCCGAUGGGCACAACGUUCGAAGUAGAUGUCUCUGCCGUUAGACCGACAGGCCUUACAGUUGCUCAGGUUUUGCGUUCGAUGGCUCCUACGCAUCCACAUCACCCUCACCCGCACCAUCCACAUGCUUCACACCCACACCCGUCGCACCCUCAUCCACAUCAUUCGGCCAACGGACCGUCCAGACACAUACACCCGCACUCCUCGUCUGGACCUCCCGCGCCUCCGCCUCCUCCACCACCGCCGCCGCCUCCGCCUUUCAACUACGAUUUACACCAGGCAAGAUUGGCCCAACAAACUGUCAUGGCGGCCGGACACGGAAUCCUCCCUACAAACGGACUAAUGUUAGCUUCAAUGCCCCCCAGUGGUGGAUUAACACCAACAGGUCCCUUAUCGGCUAAUACUGUACCCAAACAGAUGUCCCCACCACCAGCGUCUGAAGCUGACACACCGUGGUGGAGUAUACCAAAUCCUCCAUCGCCAGCCAAUCUACCGGCAGAUUUCAAAUACUCCUUCCAGUCUAAUAUCAUGCUAAACCAAUCGAAAGCUGCAGCUGCAAUCCGUUACCAUGGCAACAUCACUACUAUUUUCAACAGUUCAGCAGGUGCGACGAGGGCUGCAGGUUCUACUGGUGUCAUUUCUGCCAGACGAUGCCGUCGCUGCCGCUGUCCCAACUGUCAAAACACGCUCAAUUCGCCGAAUUCUUCAAACAACAAUGCAGGAAACGGAUCUGGAACUGGUACAAGUAAUAACUCUGGUCAGAAGCGCAAGCAGCAUAUUUGCCAUAUCCCUGGUUGCGGCAAAGUAUACGGAAAGACAUCCCACCUGAAAGCUCACCUACGCUGGCACACGGGUGAACGCCCUUUCGUUUGUAACUGGCUGUUCUGUGGGAAAAGCUUCACCAGAUCUGACGAAUUACAGCGCCAUUUGCGCACACAUACAGGAGAGAAGAGGUUUGCUUGUUCCGAAUGCGGUAAACGUUUCAUGCGAAGCGAUCAUCUCAGCAAACACGUGAAGACACACGAGACGAAGAAGAACAAGAUGAGUAACUCUAAUGGAAGCGGAGGCGCCACGGGCAAAGCUAGAAAAACCGGAAGUGGCGGUGUACGCAUUCACACAGACGAACAGGAAACUGAAAAAAUUGAGGUCGACGACGACGAUGGAAUUGAAAUUGAUGUGGACGUUGAUGUUGAUGGUGAUGUUGAUGUUGAUGGUGAUGUUGAUGUUGAUGUUGACGGUGAUGUUGAUGUCGAUGUUGAUGUUGAUGGUGAUGGUGAUGGCGAUGUGGAUGGCGAGGUAGGAGACAAUGCAACUUUAUCUGACGAAGACAUUGACGUUGAGACCGACUUCACCGAUACGAACCAAGCAAUGCUCGCGGCCUCAAAACACUGCAAUUAAC